CCCGUGACCACUUAUCACGAGGUCAUUGAUAACUGAACACACGUAAUUCUAGUUUUGCCGGUCACGGAUUCUUUGUGGGCUCUGUUAAAUCUGAGGUCCAACCCUGCAACAUGCUCACCAAGGACAUGGAAUACCACCCAGUAUACAGGCUCAAGGAAAUGCCUGGAUACUUCAUGAGCCGAGCAAAAGCAUUGCUUAUUCUGCUUGCGUUUGUCUCGCUGGUGAUCGUCUUAAUUGUACUAGCAGUGAUGUUAGCUCAGCAGAAGGGAACGCAGGGAAAGGUUUGCGAAGGCAAAGAUGAUCCCAUUGGUAAGUGAAAAUGUGGGGCCUACGUCAAUACGUCAUGACAAUGAGUCAUGAGACAAGUUAUAUACACUGACAAAAGCAUUAAAUAUAGUGAUUUCGCCGGGUUUUCUGGGCUAAAAUUCUCAUACGAAGGUCAUGAAGACGUCAUAUUCACUCCGCCCUACGUUACCUAAUGAGGGUAUGUCUGUGCUAUACCGGAUAUCUCAGUCUUCAGUGCCUGUACCAGCCAUAUCGGAAAGGUUUUUAAUGAACACAUCAGAAAGGUGAUUUCGUAGCGGUUUCAUUAACGGAUCGAGCGCCGCGUCGAUCUUGAACAUGCAGGUGUUCGUACGAGGGCCGAGUACUUUUUAUCUCGACAUGAUAUAAAGCUAUCUGUUAUAGCCAUAGACAGCCUCAAUAACUCGAACAUGAUUCCAACGCCUGAUUUCUUUAAUGGAAUAGAGAAUCGUGUACGACAAGGACGGAGGGAUCAAUUAGGUCUACCAACAACAGAUUUAAAUAGGAACAUUCUUUUGAAGUCUAGGGACUAGGCAGCACAUUGCUCUGCCAGAGAUGCUUUAAUACGAUAACAAAAAAAUAAUACAAUUAAUAACAAAUUCCGCUUAAACUCGCCGCAUGAUCGUUUGCUUACAUUGUUGUUAAAACAAUCACUUCUGAAUAAUUGACAAGCAAUUGCCUACGUCUAUCAAGCACUACAUAUUCCUACAGUUAGUGGUAAAAACAAUCCACAUUUUUGAGCAGUGGGGAUUGAGUCCGCCACUGUACGCGCGACGCCCAAUUAUAACGCUCGAGGGGCAUAUUAUUUGUAUGUCAAAAAACUGUGAUUAUUUGUCUCCUGGAAGCCGAAUUGCCAGCAGAAUUGCUUUAUAAUGAUAAAGGCUGGUUUUGGCCACUAUUGAGUCAAAAUACGGCAACCGAAGUAUUUUUUUGUUGAUCAAUCCUUGCAGUUGUCGUUCAGACAAAAAUUUAUGCUUCACUAACGUUGAGUUUCAUAGCGAACAAUUGACAAAACUUAACUAAUGAGCAACUGACGAGCAAAGUCCAUUCAAGUUAGAAAGGAAAGUAUGCCGGGGGGGAGGGUGAGGCCGAGUCCUCCCCAGACUAAAGGGGUACCUUUAUUCAACCUUUAUUCAAAAAUCUGUAGUCUUGCAACGGGUUUGCCAUCACGCAAGACGCCUAACUAAAUAAAAUGAAAUAAAAUUGGAACAGUCCGGGCCACAACCAGAUCUGGAUAUGUAAUUUCCUGCAAUCUGAUUGGCUCAGAGCUCAACCAAAACAUUGACUUGACCGCGAAAGGACUAAGCUCGACAGAAAUGUCGAACAGGGAAACUUCGAAGCAAAUAGCUGUCGAGUGCUUUGGGUGGAAUGUACCUUGAAGAAAAGUAACAGCAAUACGGAGCCGAGAUUAUUUUAUGCGUCAUAGCGUUCGAUUUACGAAUAUCGAUCUGUUAAUGAUCGAGAACGCUUUCUGUAAACACCCGUGGAUUUCUGAUAAUAUUUCAAGAGACCUGACUCCAAUCGAAUUGGAAGGGAAUUUAAAUACCGCGAUACAUUUUAAGUGGAAACGUUUUAAGAAGUCCUGUUUGGGGUAAUUUCUGGGAGCACAACUUCGACCUGCAGAAGUCUGUUCUAUUCUACUUCGGGCGCAAUACCAUACGCACUAAAAUCUAAUUUCGAUCGAAGGAUUGAUAAUGAUAAUCUUAAUGCUAAUUAUUCUUGCUGUAUAUAAAUUUCCAGUAUAUUGAAUCGUCAGACAUGUUGGAAAUAUGCGAAGGUCAAAGAAAUAAAUAAAAUUUGUAGAAACUGCACUCGCGAAGAGUCGUAAGCAGUCAUUAACGAAGUUCUGUCUUUGCUUAUCGCAAAUUGCAAAACCCCAUUGCGGAUGAAAAUAAUGUAAGUGGACGUAUUCGUGUUCUAAUAGCUGUUAACAAGAGACUAUGAGGUAAAUAGUCACUGAGAGGACGUAAACAUAAUUUGACAAUUGUAUUUUGAAAAACAGCUUUUACAAAUGAAAUAGAUGUGCUUGUUUGUGUCAAAAUAUUUAAUAGAAUGGUUUUUCACAAGACAAGAAAAUAUUAUAUUUAUAUCUCUAUGUUUUUUAAAAAAAUUUGUUCCUUUAAAUUAUUGUUAUUAAGGGGGUGCAUCAGUUGAGACGACUGAUGCGGUUUUAAAUCUCAAAGGGAGGUGUCACUUU